AUGAGCUCCACCGCCCCACGCGGGCGCGAACGCAAGCUCCCCGCCACCUUCUACCGCGGUGGGACAUCGAAAGCGCUCCUGAUCAAGCGCGAGGAUCUCCCUCCCCACGGGCCGAAGCGCGACUCGAUCCUCCUCUCGGCGAUGGGCAGCCCAGAUCCCAACGGACGGCAACUAGAUGGCAUGGGCGGUGGGUACUCGAGCGUGUCCAAGGUCGCGAUCGUCGGCGUCUCGGCUCACGAUGGCGCGGACGUCGACUACGAGUUCGCACAGGUGCUCGUCGAGAAACCCGGAGUCGACUAUGGGAGCAACUGCGGUAACAUGCUCGCGGCGGUGGGUCCUUUUGCGCUCGAGAACGGUCUCGUCAGUCCACACGAUGAGGACGGACUCAACCUCGUGCGGAUUUACAACACAAACACGCGCAAGGUCAUCCACGCGCGCUUCCCUAUCUUUCCUGGAUCGCGGGAAGCAGACCUCGAUGGCGACUACGCGAUCGACGGAGUGAGCGGCACGCACGCACGCAUCACGCUCGACUUCCUCGCUCCCGAGGGGUCGCGGACAGGUCGUCUCCUCCCCACCUCCAAUGUCGUGGACACACUCUCCAUUCCUGAGGAGGUUACGGUGUCACUGAUGGACUGCGGCAACCCGUGCGUGUUUGUGCGCGCCUCGGAUAUGGGGAUUAAGCCGACGAUCCUGCCGUCCGAGUUCACAGCAUCCAUGCUCGCCCGGCUAGACGCGCUCCGCAACGCCGCCGCGGUUAAAAUGGGCCUGGUCCAGAAUCUGGAGGAGGCGGCGGCAAAAAAAGCUGUGCCAAAGGUCUGCAUCGUGAGCCCCAAGCAAACGCACACGGUUCUUUCGGGCGCUACUGUCUCCGAGGAAAUGGUUGACGUGGUCGUGCGCUGCAUCAGCUCGGGGGACCCGCACCGCGCCCUCCCGAUCACCGCAUCGCUGUGUACCGCCGCGGCGGCACAUGUACCGGGGACGGUGGUGCAUGAUGUCCUUAACGGUGACCGGGUUGCGGACGGGAUCGCGAUCGGGCACGCGUCGGGGACUAUUGCCGUCGACGCUGAUGUGGUGACGGGCGAGGAUGGCGAAUUGCAUGUGCCGACGGCACGGGUGUUCCGCACCGCACGUAAACUGUUCGAGGGCAACGUGUUCUACCGCGAGUAG